AUGGCUCCGUCCAGCAAGCACUUGAGUUCCUGGCGAGCGGAUGGCCAUAUAUAUGAUAUUAAUCAACUCAACCCCGAAGGCUGGAGCGCUCUCAUGUUUAAUGGUCAGAAUGGAUGCCCACAAGUCACCAGGAUCCUGCUCAACAAGGGAGCCGAUGUGUCCGUCGUUGGCGACGCCGGUUUUAGUGUUCUUCUGCACAUUGCUGCCCAAAACGGCCACCUGGCCGUGGCCAGAAUGUUCAUGGAGGCAGGCGCAGACCUCGAAGCAACUACGCCCGGCGGCCGGACGCCGCUUCACAAAGCUGCUGACGAAGGACACUCGAACGUAAUGACGGCACUGAUUGAAGCAGGCGUGAAUGCGGACUGGCGUAGAACGGAUGGAGCGACGCCGCUGUACACUGCAGCGUCGGGGGGGCACACGGAAGCGGUCAGGGUGGGUGCUAAUAAUUCAUGCUGGGGCGGAUCCGUCUUUGGCUAA